AUGACGGCGGUGGUGGUGACGGUACCUGUGCCGCCCGGCCCACGACAGCCUGCUACCACGCGCCUCCACGCCCACACUUGUAGCCUCACGCCUACAACCUUCACGCCCACUCAACCUCCACACCUAUACAACCUCACGCCUAUACAACCUCCACGCCUAUACAACCUCCACGCCCAUAGCCUCCACGCCCAUCAGCCUCACGCCCAUACAACCUCCACGCCCAUACAACCUCCACGCCUAUACAACCUCACGCCUAUACAACUUCCACGCCUCAACCUCCACGCCCAUACAACCUCACGCCCAUACAACCUCCCCCACGCCCAUACAACCUCCACGCCUUCACGCCACAACCUCCACGCCUAUACAACCUCCACGCCCAUACAACCUCCACGCCCUAUAACCCCUCCACGCCAAUACAACCUCCACGCCUAUACAACCUCCACGCCUUACAACCUCCACGCCCAUACAACCUCCACGCCUAUACAACCUCCACGCCCAUACAACCUCCACGCCCAUACAACCUCCACGCCUAUACAACCUCCACGCCUAUCACCCUACCUCCAGCCUACCCUCACGCCCAUAAACCUCCACGCCCAUACAACCUCCACUAUACAACCUCCACGCCUAUACAACCUCCACGCCCUACAACCUCCACGCCCACCACAACCUCCACGCCAUACAACCUCCACGCCCAUACAACCUCCACGCCCAUACAACCUCCACGCCCAUACAACCUCCACGCCACCCCAUACAACCUCCACGCCUAUACAACCUCACGCCAUACAACCUCCACGCCCAUACAACCUCCGCCUAUACAACCUCCACGCCCUCCAACCUCACGCCUAUACAACCUCCACAUACAGCCUCCACGCCUAUACAACCUCCACGCCUAUACGCCUCACGCUAUACAACCUCCACGCCCGCACAACCUCCACGCCAUACAACCUCACGCCCGCCACAACCUCACGCCCAUACAACCUCCACGCCUAUACAACCUCCACGCCUAUACAACCUCCACGCCCAUACAACCUCACGCCUAUCGCCUCCACGCCUACAACCUCACGCUCCCACGCCUAUACAACCUCCACGCCCAUACAACCUCCACGCCUAUACAACCUCCACGCCCAUACAACCUCCACGCAUACAACCUCCACGCCUAUACAACCUCCACGCCCGCCACCUCCACGCCUAUACAACCUCCGCCUGCCACAACCUCCACGCCCAUACAACCUCCACGCCCAACAACCUCCACGCCCAUACAACCUCCACGCCAUACAACCUCCACGCCUAUACAACCUCACGCCUAUACAGCCUCCACGCCUACCAACCUCCACGCCUGCACAGCCUCCACGCCCAUACAACCUCCACGCCUAUACAGCCUCACGCCCAUACAACCUCCACGCCUCCAUACAACCUCCACGCCCGCCUCCACGCCUAUAUACAACCUCCACGCCUAUACAGCCUCCACGCCCACCUCACACGCCUAACCUCACGCCUAUACAACCUCCACGCCUAUACAGCCUCCGAUACAACCUCCACGCCCGCCACAACCUCCACGCCCGUACAACCUCCACGCCCAUACAACCUCCACGCCUACCCACAACCUCCACGCCUAUACAACUCCGCCCAUACAACCUCCGCCUAUACAACCUCCACGCCCGCAACAACCUCCACGCCCGUACAACCUCCACGCCCAUACAACCUCCACGCCUAUACAACCUCCGCUCACAACCCACGCCUAUACAACCUCCACCUAUACAACCCCACAACCUCCACGCCCAUACAACCUCCACGCCUGCCAACCUCCACGCCUAUACAACCUCCACGCCCAUACAACCUCCACGCCCAUACAACCUCCACGCCCAUACAACCUCCACGCCCAUACAACCUCCACGCCCAUACAACCUCCACGCCUAUACAACCUCCACGCCUAUACAACCUCCACGGCCAUACAACCUCCACCCGCCUCCAUACAACCUCCGCCUGUGCCUCAUUUAA